AUGACUUAUUUUACACUUAACAAUACUCUUACCCAACUUUCAAAUCUUGUUUCUAAAGUUAUUAUUUCUGCAGUUGCUUCUCAUACUGCUGUUCUUCAAUAUUAUAAUUUUUAUGAUAAAAAUUAUCACUACAUACCCAUAGAAGAUACUUCAUCAUCUCAAAAUUCUUUUCUUGUUCCUGAAGAUUCUCUAGAAUUAUUUAAAGAUAUUAUUACUGAACUUAAAAGUUCUUCGGGUCUUGAAGUUUCAGAACUUCCUAGUUUCUUUGACGAAUUAGAUCAAGAUAUUUUUGCUAUUGCCAAUAAGAUUUCAGCACAAUAA